AUGACCUCAGACCUGGUCUUCUCCUGCCCUGACCAUAGUUAUGAACUGAGCUUCAAUCCCAGUCCAGGAGAUGGCUGGCCAAAAAGGCUGGGCCCCGACUUGGGCCAGAUGGCAGGCGACCUUGGCUGGCGGCUCAGCCUUUUGCUGCUGUCCUUGCUCCUGGUGCAUGCUGGUGUCUGGGGAUUCCCAAGGUCCCCCCUGAGCCUGCAGGAGCUGCAAAGGGAGUUCACGGUCAGCCUGCACCUCGCCAGGAAGCUGCUUUCUGAGGUUCAAGGCCAUGCCCACCUCUUUGCUCAAUCUCACCUGCCAGGAGUGAGCCUGGACCUCCUACCCCUGGGAGAGCAGCUUCCCAACGUCUCCUUGACCUUCCAGGCUUGGCACCGCCUCUCCGACCCAGAACGACUCUGCUUCCUCUCCACGGUGCUUGAGCCCUUCCAUACCCUGCUAGGGGCACUGGGGAGCCAAGGAGGCUGGAGCAGCUCGGAAAGGAUGAGGCUGUGGACUAUGCAGCUGGACCUCCGGGAUCUGCAACAACAUCUCCGCUUCCAGGUGCUGGCUGCAGGAUUCAAUGUCCCCGAGGAAGAGGAGAGGGAGGAAGAGGAGGAGGAGAAAAGGAAGGGGUUGUUCCAAGGGGCUCCAGGCAGCCCCCUACAGAUGCCAGCCCAGGUGUCCUGGCCCCGGCUGCUCUACGCCUAUCAGCUGCUGCGCUCCUUGGAGCUUGUCUUAUCUCGGGCUGUGCGGGACUUGCUGCUGCUGUCCAAGGCCAGGGACCCCCCCUUGCGGUUCCCAACACCUGGCCACCAGCCCUGAAGGAGG